AUAUUUUUCUUCCUACUCCAUUACCAUUUUUUUCUAGUCUUGAUCCGUCAAAAGACAACUAUCCAAGGCCCCUUUCUCUCCCUCCUGCCCGCUUGGACUACUGGGUUAUAUAUUUUGACUCUGGAUCUCGGUAGCAUCCACAAUGUUUCGUCGCAAGAAUUCAGCUCAUCCCGAACAAGACAACAUCGAUUCAGCUGUCACAGACUCGAAGAUCAAAGAGCUUAAGGCUCUCAUAGGACCAUUAUCGGGGAGAACCUCGGUAUUCUGUACAGAUGCAUGCCUGAAGAGAUAUCUGGAAGCUAGGAAUUGGAAUGUAGGCAAAGCCAAGAAGAUGCUUGAAGAAACGCUAAAAUGGAGAUCAGCCUUUAAACCCGAGGAAAUCAGAUGGGAUGAAGUUGCAGACGAAGGGGAGACUGGAAAAGUUUACAGAGCAGGCUUCCAUGAUAGGCAUGGAAGGACGGUUCUCAUACUAAGACCGGCUUUACAGAACACAAAAUCAUUAGACAACCAGAUGAAACAUUUGGUCUAUCUCAUCGAGAAUGCUAUUCUGAAUCUCCCCGAGGAUCAAGAACAGAUGUCUUGGCUCAUAGACUUCACCGGAUGGACAUUAAGCACCAACGUGCCUAUUAAAUCUGCCCGAGAAACCAUCAAUAUUCUGCAAAACCACUACCCAGAGAGGCUGGCAAUAGCUUUCCUCUACAAUCCCCCGAGGAUCUUCGAGGCAUUCUGGAAGAUUGUGAAGUUUUUGCUCGAUGCAAAGACAUUCCAAAAGGUGAAGUUUGUGUACCCGAAGAACCAGGAGAGCGUGGAGCUGAUGAGCACAUACUUCGACGAGGUCAAUCUCCCAACUGAGUUCGGGGGGGAAGCCAUCUUACAGUACAACCAUCAAGAGUUCUCCAAGCAAAUGGCUCAAGACGACGUAAAAGCCGCAAACUUUUGGGGAUUUGAACCAGAAUCAGUCUAAGCCUAACCCGACUGGUUCGAAAUAAGUCAUGAGCUCUCUGGCUCAGCCAGGUAUUAUUAUCAUAGCAGCUAAAUUAUACUCUGUUAGUUAAACAGAUGCUGUGGCAUUGUUCUCUGUCGGAGAGCAGACAGCUAGAUAUCAGUUGGAUUAAACAAGAUAUUGGAUUUUACUCGGUGUCGUCGAGAAUCUCGAGAUCGAGAGUAUCAAUGUAUGACGAUUUGAGCUCA